CCUCCACCGCGAUCGGAUUGAUUUUCUCCUGGUCUUUACACAAUGUGAUUGCAUGGAUGAAAAAUAGACCGUUUAUGAGCCGCGAGCUGUCACUCUUCUAUAUCGGUACCAUUGUCCUGGCGCAGCCAUACUGGGCGACCGAGAUCUACGCCAACUUCGACUACUUCAACAAUAUCAAUCUCACUGUGUAUGAAAAGAUUAGGCCUUGGGAGGCAAUGUUUCGCGAUCCCUGGCGGAUUUACACGACCUGUAAUCUCUUUUGGGUGGUCAAAAAACACUAUAACUUUGGAAUAACUAGGCUGGUGCACGAAUGUCCACGUUUCGGUCUGAUGCUGGGAUCAAUGUGCCUCUCGAUUGUCUUUAUCGUUGCCGACGUCCUCAGCGUGACUGGAGCUCUUUCGGCUGCUAUGCCCCUGGGCAUCAACCCCUGUUGGAAGCUGUGCUCUAUGUUUAAGUGCCUCUGUGACACUAUUAUCCUUGACGACUUUAGGAUUGCGCUGGACAAGCUUCGUGCUCGAUGGAUAGUGCGACAGGGAAUAUAA